UUUACGGAUCAACUGAUGCACAAAGGAUUCUGUAAUCCUGACCCUGUUAUCGGUGGCACAGUCCUGUCUCAGUACAGUACCUGUUCGGCAGCUCAAGUGGACGGAUCCACGGGUGGAUGGAUGCGGGGGGUGGGGGGGGGUCACACGUGCACUUGCACAUGUUACCGUGUCUGUCAUCAGCUUGACGUCUCGGCGGGCCUCUGCGCCAUGACGCGCUUCACGCUGCGGCUGCCCGACGAGUACAAAAGGGAAACGCUGCUCUUGGUGAAGCUGGCCGGCCCGGUGUUCAUUUCUCAGCUGAUGAGCUUCCUGAUCGGCUUUGUCAGCCUGGUGUUCUGCGGUCACCUGGGGAAAACCGAAUUGGCCGGCGUGGCGUUAGCGAUCGCGGUGAUAAACGUUUCGGGUAUCUCCAUCGGCAGCGGCCUGGCGUCAGCGUGCGAUACGCUCAUCUCUCAGACGUACGGCAGCGGCAACCUCAAACUGGUGGGCGUGAUCCUGCAGAGGGGAAUCCUCAUCUUGCUGCUGGCCUGCUUGCCCUGCUGGGCCGUCUUGCUCAACACGCAGCCCCUCUUGCUGGCCGUCGGCCAGAGCGCCCACGUCGCCAGGCUCGCCCAGCUCUACGUCAACAUUUUCAUGCCGGCCUUACCCGCCGCCUUCAUGUACCAGCUGCAGGGGAGGUAUCUUCAGAAUCAGGGCAUCAUGUGGCCUCAGGUGAUAUCCGCAGCCGCCAGCAACGUUUUCAAUGCAAUCAUCAACUAUGUCUUCCUGGUGGUGCUGGAUCUCGGGGUAGCCGGCUCGGCGGCCGCUAAUGCCAUCUCGCAGUAUUCCUUGAUGGUGUUUUUGUUUGUGUACAUGAACGCCAGGGGUCUUCACAAAGCCACGUGGGGCGGUUGGUCGCUGAACAGUUUGCGCGAGUGGGGUCCCUUCCUGCGUCUGGCGCUGCCUAGCAUGAUGAUGACGUGUCUGGAGUGGUGGCUCUACGAGAUUGCCGGCUUCCUGGCCGGCUUGAUCAGCGAAGUGGAGCUGGGAGCCGAGUCCAUCCUUUACCAGCUGGCCGUCAUGGUCUUUAUGUUCCCCGUGGGCUUUUCCGUGGCAGCUAGCGUUCGCGUGGGAAACGCUCUCGGGGCCGGGAACACCGAGCUGGCCAAGCUGUGCGGGAAGGUCUCGGUCGCAUGCGCACUGGUGGUCUCGUGCUUCACCGGGACUUUCCUGGCCGUGUGCCGCAACUUCAUCGCUUACAUUUUCACCACAGACAAGGAGAUUGUGGCAAGGGUGGCAACUGUUUUAGAGAUGUACAGCGCCAGCCAUGUGGCCGAUUCCUUCGCGGCCGUGACGGGAGGAAUCGUCCGCGGCGCCGGGAAGCAAACGGUGGGCGCGCUGUGUAGCUUGUUGGGCUACUAUGUGGUGGGCUUCCCCAUCGGAGUGUCACUCAUGUUCCCCAUCAACUUGGGAAUCUUUGGACUGUGGGCGGGAUUCCUGAUCUGUGUGAUCCUGCAGUCCCUCUUUUACACCAUCUACUUGUGCAAGCUCAACUGGAAAAAAGCAACAGUGGAGGCGCUGGUACGCGCUGGAGUCCACGUUCGAGAACAGGAUAAGAUCUUUGUCAUCGACAGCAAAACAUGUGAGCAGCAGAUGAGUACCACUGCAUCCAAUCCUUCAAGUCCAGAAGAACCCGAGCCGGACGCGGCCGUCCCGUUAUCCAUCCGGCAGCUGGCACUACGCCGCGGCCUGGCAGUGCUCUUCAUGUUGGCUCUCUUCGGCGUCGGAGUGCUCAUGAGCGAGCUGCUGGUCUCCCUGCAAUUGAACUGAUUGUGAGCCAAAAUGGCCGCCGUGCAAUACUCAGUUUCACCGUAGGGGGAGAACGUCUGGAUGUAAAACGCUUUUCACUGACCUCUCUGGUCAUGUGCUGCCCCCUGUUGAUUAAAACGGGUACGACACAAUCUUCAAACGCUUUCAGCGGCCUCACCUUUUAUCGGGACACGGCUCGUUGAUGACUUUGCUCCUGGUUUAUUUUCACCAAAAUUCGAUGGCAAAAAUCCAUUCAAGAAUCGCGAAAAGAAAGUUGACUUAAUUAAACAACUGAAACAAUUAUUUUCUGUGUGUUAAACAUCAGCCUCUUGGAAUUUAGCACUGCGGCACACAAAGGCAUUGAAUGCAUUCCAAAUCAACCUGGAAUCACUUCUCACAGGCAACCCAGCCGAGAUUGCUCGAAAUUUCCUCUCCGGAGGCUGCAAUCAGUGUCACGCUGUGCCGCCAUUCACAAAAUCAAGCCUGUGUAUAUGCCAGUUUUUUGUUGCGCACAACUCGUGGCAACAGUUCAGGUUGACAGUCUGGUAAACAUGACCCCCAAAAAUAAGGAUGCUUCACACCUCAUGGCGGACUUUCUCUGUUUUUGGGGGGCAAAACAAUGUCUUGAGACUUUUUUGGUGGGUCUACUCAUGAUAGACAACCAAAAACUACAAGACAGUAGGCAAAAGCAAAACCAAUACAAAGAAAAUUGUGUUGUCGAGUAAAUUAGGAUGAACUACAUGUUCCUAUGCGCUUAGAUUUCUUCCUGCAUGAUUUUGAGUGCGACAGGCAUUUUUUUUUUUUUGCCAAGUGUGAAUUUUUUAUUUCAUGAAACCUUCGCUUGGGGAUAGCAUGACAAAGAAUGACGCGUGUACGCAUGGCCACCCCACUGAAACUUUUCUGGCUACGCCGCUGGGUAUGAGCGUGCGCGCAUGUCAUUUUAAUUGCCUCUGACCUUUGCUCAGCACCGGAUCUUUUGAAUGAGCUGCAGCGACGCAGGAAAGAAAGGACGCAAAUUAAUCAAAGGACGUGAUGGCGCUUAUCUCGUCUGCAAAUUUGCUGGCGGACAGUCAUAAAAUAAAUUUGACAAGUCCAGCCAAUGUCACUCACGCGCUCGGUGCAAUGCAUUGUGAGCUUCUGGUUGCAUUUUGUCAGGUUUUCACGCUCAUUUCCAUGCAUUGAUGGAGGACGAGAGUUUUUAGAGUGAGUCGAUUGUUUUGUGCUAUGGCCUCCAAUCACAUUGCUCCAAUCUUAUCUGAGAACACUGGCGACGACUCUGGCCGCUGUUCUCGGUCACUUUUGCGCAUUUUAGGUCACAUCUUUUUUUUUUUU